AUGCUUUAUCAGGUGGUUGGUGACCCCCUGGCUCGAGGUGGCGUUGCUAGACUCCGUGGAGCUACUGUGACCGGCGUUCGCUAUCGAACUGUGUCCGGAAUAAUUCUCAGUUCCAGAAUUAUUGUCACAAUUCGCUGCGAGCGUGCUCAAAUGGAACCUUUGAUGGUCUCCCGGGCCGACGCAACACUGGUCCGGUAUGUUCUGGUGGUGUCCGGCGGUUUCGUAUAUCGGUUUUCCUGUCCUCAGCGUGUAAGUGUGCAGAUUGGUGUUGGUGUUGCAUAUGGCGGGGUAGUCCGACUCGAAUUGUUCAUUGCUGGAGCCACCGGCGCACGGGAACAACCCUAA